UUCCUCAACAAAGCCGAUUUGGGACGCCAUGACUGAGGCAAAUCAGCUGGCAGUUGACUGUGUCAAAAGUCUAGAGGACGCACAAUGGAUGCCACAGGGCAGUAUGCAAAAACAGCAGGUGAAGACCUUCUUGGAGUUGUUUUUUUAUUUAUUUCAUAUUUCAGAAAAGAACCGCCGUUCUGCCCUUCCCUUGACCUUCAAACCAGGCGGGAAGUUGGUUGACUUCGUCUCAGAGUUAGAAGUCAAGGUUCAAGAACACACUCACAAUCAGCCACUAGCAGCAGCCGCCGCAUUGCAGGCACAAAGUAAGGCAUCUCUCACCUGUAGGUUUUGCAAACAGUCAGGACAUUCCGAGAGUACAUGCUACUCGAAACGUAGGGACUCAGCACACUCUACACAGGGAUCUGAUAGGAAAUCAGGGGGAUACAGAGGCAGCCAUCACUCAUCACACAGGAACCCUAGGCCAAACCAUCAGCGGAAGACUGCCUUUUGCCAUGUCCACGGGAAUUGUUUUCAUGAUACAGACAGUUGUUAUGCAAUACAAAAGGCCAGGGAGGAACAGAAGAACAAAUCCCCGGCAGACAGUAAAACAAACCCCUCCACUUCUCAAAAUAAAAAGGCAUGACUCCGUGACAGCCACAAGGCAUACAUCCAAGUAUCCCAUAAGGACGAUAAUAAUUGGGAGCAACUUGACUCAGUCAUUGCCGCCUUGGGACGGACAAGCAUAAUUGCCCUCCCUUGCAAGGUGGGCAAAACUUCACUCACCUUAGCGGUAGACACAGGUGCGACAGUCAACGUAAUCUCAGACUCCGCUUACAGGUCACUGACACGACAGGCGAGAGGGGGAAAUAGGCCGCUCCAAGAGAAAGACCUGAAUGUGCUAGGCGUGACAGGCACCACAUUGGGAAUCCUAGGGCGAGUAACACUAACAGUCAGCCUACAUGAAAAGAUCAUGAUGCUGCGUUUUCUGAUCAUCUUGUUGUACCUCGGCUCCCUACUUGCAACAACACCCAUCCACCUGAAGCCUGGCGCCCUCACGGCACACAUAGGAGAGGUCUUCCUCAUAGAAGAUGUGCUCCUCGUGAAAUACCCAUAUACUUCCUUGACCAACACCACAGACACAGUCAGGAUAGUCUCAGAAAAACUACUCGGCAUGGCAGACGCCAUACGGGCAACCAGGACUAGGGAGUCAAAGGCACCUUCUAGUACUAACUCUCUGGAUCUUUUUCAACUACUGGAGGAUAGGAUUCUGUUCUUACGGGAAAAAGUUGAUGACGUAGACAAGGACUAUAGCUUUCACUCAGUUCACUCUCGGGUAAAGAGGGGGCUGCUCAACAUCGUGGGGUCCGCCUCAAAGUUCCUAUUCGGUACGGCAACCGACGAGGACGUGCGCGAUUUGCGGGAUCACUACAAUCGCGUACUUUCCUUUGCUGCCCAGAAUCGCAGAGUAAUCAACGCCAAUUGUAAAAAACUUGCGCGAUUGCAUACUCACAUUGAGGAACUGCUAGAGUAAACGAAUAAGAUGGCAGAAAUUGUCAAAAUAGUUGUCAAGCAGAUAGACCAGGUAAAUCAGUUUCUCCUUCUAGAUCAGGCCUUGCAUGUACUGGACAACGUCAUUGAAUCUGUCACAACGGCGAAUCAGCAGGUUAUUAGCAACAUGGUAGAUGCGGCGCACGGUAGAGUCCCACCUGCCUUGUUUCCUCUACACGAUUUGAGAACGACUAUCCAUAUCGAGUAUCAAAAUUAUAGUCUCAAGCCAUUGUACAACCCAGACAUGAGUCAAUAUUUUUACCCUUUGAUUGAGUCCAGCCUCACGCCCGAUGCCAUAAUUAUUCAUGUUCCGUUCCAGACGGCAGAUGUGUUUGAGGCACAUGAAACUGUUACAUUCCCCUUCUCCGCUAAGGACAGUGUGUUAACCCUGGACACGACCCCGUCUCUUGUCUUACUUGCAAAGGAUUUCGCUCUUUAUUCAACGGGAAGCUACUCACUCUUGAAAUAUUGCAAGGAGAUGGUCUUCAAGCGAUUCUAUUGCUCGGCAUCUCUUUUUGCCUUCCUACCUGUUCGGGGAGGAGUGUGUGAGAUCGCCCUCACCAGGGUGAACGCGUCUGACGCUCUUUCCCUGUGCCCUUACAAGCAACUACCCCCAACACCUGUUUUCCAUAAGAACUUUCAUGGUUUACAUUAUUUCUACUUUCCUCAGUCCUUCUAUGUAUCAGUAAUCUGCCCGGAGGGUACCACUUAUCAACAGGUAAUUGGUCACUAUGCCAUAGCGGAAGCAUGCUAUAUCCGCUCCACUAACAUAACAACGUAUCCUUCACGGAUCCGUUUGGUUUUCACUGCCAAUAUUUCCCAUCGAGUGUUUCCUCUGCGGUCUUUCGAUAACAUUCACUUCUCCAGCAUCUCUUGUGUGACUAAUUCCUUUAAUUCAUUGUCUUUUGCAAACGAAACAGAGUUUGCAGAAACCCAGGAGGAAACGCUGCCUGAAUACUUGCACCUCACCUACUUGUACCCUGGAUUUUUUGUGCCAAUGGUUCUGAUGUUCGUCAGUCUCGUCGUCGUGUGCUACCUUCUUAGAAGGAACUCUGUCCUGCACGAUUAUUUGAUUGUUCAGACGAGGCGACAGGAUGCAAGGAAGUCACAGGCAAGGUAGUUUUUUUUUCUCACGCAGGAAAACAAUGAAAGAAAAGUGUCAUUCUCCUGCUCCUGUAUCUUGACAUUGUACUGUGUUUCCCACCUAUUUUGGGGGGAGCUAGAUGAGCAUUUCAAAGUCUAUAACUAUGCCAGUUGAUAACUAUAUAUACAUGUGUCCUUAUGUUUAUCCUUUGAGAGAUUUUAUGACUUAUAUCACCCACGCUGGUUUUACCUCUCAUUAUUUAUGUCAUUACUACACAAUGUUCUUGUAUAGCCAUUGUUUUACUGUAAUUGUGCCAUAAGCAGUCUGCUCAACGAGAUCACACUAUGUAUGGUAAACUACUAGUUAGAUUUUUUGGAAAUCGCGAGGUCGCGAUCACUGGUAGGUGACCGAGCAGUGUUAUAGUAGUUGUAGUUAUAUCAAUGUAUUAUUAUUAUUAAAUGUCACCACGAAUUAGGAAUGCAGGUAUCAAUGGAAAAAACCCACGGCAGAUAGAUCACGCCACCGUUUGUAGGAAUGUCAUCUGUCAGUGUUUAUCGGACGAGCGUCUCGGUAUGUGUAACAAGCAUUUCGUCAACUUACAGGUCACCUUGACGUACGUGAC